GUACUACGCAUGCGUGCAGAAUUCAUUACAAAAAGGAUGUCUUUCUGCGGCUGGACCGGAGAAAAGUACAAAAAUCACUUUGGAGAUGGUAUCUACGUGUGCUCUCAGUGCGGCUACGAGCUGUUCAAUAGUAUAACGAAAUUCAAGCAUGACUCGCCUUGGCCAGCGUUUACGGAAACAAUGCACACAGACAGCGUAUCGAAGCGAGAAGAGUCACCACGAGCUCUUAAAGUCAGCUGCGGCAAAUGCGGCAACGGAUUGGGACACGAAUUCCUGGGAGAUGGUCCGGACGGCAAGUCUCGAUUCUGA